AUGAGAAAUAUUGUGUAAAGAUGACCACGGAGCUUAUAAACAGUAGCGCGAUCACAUUGAUGGGUAUUAUUAGUGUGUGGAACUUGCUAAAGUGCAACGUAUAGUAAAUAAAUUAAAGAACAAUGAAAGUCAUUUUAUUGAAUCUUGUUUUAAUCACUGUGAUGAUGGCCUUGGCUGUGUGUUUGCCGCAACAGAGAGAAGGUGCCGCCUACACUAAUGAGGCUAUACGUCAGGCGCAGCAGACUCUAUUGAUACCGAAAGAUGCUCAAAUACAGAAUGUCCAGGAAGGCAUUGAGCUCGGCGCGUACGAGCAAAUACCUGGGAAUCAACGCAUCAACCUAUUCGAGAUUUUGGGCGAUCAAGUGCCCUCCGAAGUGAUUAAUAAUUUGCAAGCACAAGUCGAUCAAAUUGGGAGACAUUAAGACGAUGUAAUCUUUACUUCUCCUUUCCACUCAUUUAUUCUUUUUUUGCUUUCAUUUUUUUUUUUUUUUUUCAUUUUUUAUUU